AUGGACCAUCUGGAAGCCGAGGGUCCCGAGAGCGAUGGAAAGGAGUCCCUUGGCAGACGUGCAUGUGACCAAUGUCGUCUUCGAAAGAUACGCUGCGACAAGCGAUUACCGUGCUCCAAUUGUCGCAGUUCGCAGAUUGUCUGCCGGUCGACCGGGGCAGGCCAGAAACCUCAAGAACCGCGCAAGCGGGUCUUGAUCUCUAGCCAGUAUGAGAGGAAGAUCGACCUGAUCGAGGAGCGCUUGGGAAGCAUCGAGGACCUCCUCCGCGAACUCAGAUCGAACACUGCUACGACUAGCAGUGUUUCCGAGCCAUAUUACCAUUCCACACCCAUCUCCAGCCGGAUGAGCCCCUCAGUCCCCGGUCACGCCAACGGUCCUGCUCCGGUAGAGGACCCAGAGGCGACUCCAGCCUUCGAGGGCAACUCAUCUCUAGCCGCGCACUCCGCCUACGCGAGCGAGUUCCUAGAGACGGCCGUCUCUCGCAGUGCGCUGCAGGUGUCAUCGCCAACAAUCCAGGCAGCACUCUCGACUCUGAAGCAGAUGGUCAGUAUGCAGAUCCAUCAGGCCCACUCCCCUGCCCGGGAGGUCCGCUUUCCCAAUCAGAAGAGCCUCCUGGGGUCGGGUAUUCGCGACCUGGCAAUGCCGCCCGUGCAGGUCGUUCUGUCACUCCUCCGCCAAUUCAAAGAAAACCCUAGCAUUUUGCAAGGAGUCUGUCCAUUUCUCACAUGCGAGCGACUCAUUGAGAAAUGUCGAGAGGUAUAUUUCGCCACCGAGGAGUUCUCUGAUGCAGCUUUCAUCGUCGUUCACGGAGGUCUUUAUUACGUUAUUGGCGACUGCAUUCCCUCGAUCGCGGACCCCAAGACGCGUAACGAGUACCAGCGAUAUCUGCGGCUCUGUCAAACCAAUAUCGAAACAGCCCUGGCCCAUUUGAGUAUUUGCAUGCCGGCGAGACCGGAAUAUAUUGAGGCCCUUGCGAUAGGGGCUCUCUAUGCGAUCGAAAUGUCAAAGCCGUCGUUUGCGCUGACACUGACUUCUACCGCAUCUCGAUUAUGCCAGACGUUGGGGUAUCAUCGGAUAUCAUCAUCUGAACGCGACAGUGAUACUAUCAGAGGACGCCAAUUGUUCUGGACUAUUUACACUCUUGACAAGGGAAUUUCUUUACGUCUUGGGCGGGCUUCAACCAUACAAGACUACGACAUCACUAUGUUAGGGCCGAAGGACAGCAUGGGGGUAGCGGAGCCCUGGAACAGCAUUUAUCAGAUCUGGGUCAAAUUCGCCACCAUUCAAGGCCAGGUGUAUGAGCGGCUGUACAGUCCCGCGGCUCUAUUGCAGCCGGAGGGUGAGAGAGCCGAUCACGCUCGUCGACUAGCUAAUGAUGUGAAAGAAAAUAUUGACAAAGUAUUCGAUCGAAUCAUGGACACCCAAGAGUUAUCUCAUAUGGAAAGGAUUUAUUACUCGUCGGAUAAGAUCGCCCGAAAGUCGGUCUUGACACUGAUCUACAGGGCUAUUCCUCCAUCUCCAGAUUCGCAGAGCACUUUCGUUAGUGAAUGCAUUGCCACAGCCCGAGAGGCAAUAGAACUUUUGAAGGAGACCAUGAUUGAGGUCAAGGAGCUGACCGAAAAUAUCAAGGCAUCUUAUCUACACUGGACGAUUCUUUACACCCCCUUCGUCCCUUUUGUGGUGCUGUUCUGCCACACAAUAGCGACGUCUUCAUGGGAGGACUUGAAACUUUUGGAAGAGUUUGUGCUUUGCGUUCAGCCAAAUUGUUUUCUCUCAGAAGCCAUUGCUAAGCUGUACCGACUGUGUCAGGUGCUUAGUAACGUCGCGAGGCUGUACAUCGAGGCCAAAGCGCAAGCGCAAGCACGAGAAGAUCAGAACCUCAUGUCCGUGGGUCAGGAGUUCGAUACGUAUCUCAGCGCCCUAGGUCUUGCACCGGCAUCGACGCAAGACGGCGGAGCCGACUGGACGUCGGCGCCCACAGCUGCCGGAGCGGCAGCCGUGCCGGGAGCUAUAAGGUCUGGGAAUGAAGGUCAUUACGCAGAGGGCCCGCUGCCACAGAAUCAGCUGGGGAACUGGUUCUCAGGAAAUCAGCAUAUGAUGGGGCUGUUGGAGGAGGAUCUGUCUGUCUUCGACCCUUCAUGGACCGGAUGA